AAAAGAGGAGGGGGGCUCAAGAGGAGAGGAGUGUAAUAGGAAACCAGUCCACCCUUCUCUCUCUCACUCUCUUUACCUCUCUCAAUCUUCUCAACCUCUCUCUUCCCUGUCCCGCAGUCAGCCGGUUGGAAUAACACCUCUCUUCACUCUCACUGGGGAAGUCCACGCAACACUGUAUUUCUUCACUACGUCUGUGACUAUAGUGUUCACCCACUCUCUGCUCAGUGAGGACAGUCCAGCUGGGAAGCCUCAGAAGGUGGGCUGGUCUGGGUGUCUCCUCAGCAGUCAUGGGGAGGUCAGGAGCGCUCUGGGUUUGGUCUUUGGGGACGAGCGUGCAGUUGUUCCUUCCCCUCGUCCUCUGUGUCACCUGCAUCCAUGGUCUUUCUCCACCACAGCCACGAGUCCUCCUGUCAUUUCAAGAAUUACAGAAAACCCAGUCCUUUGAGCACUACACUUUGUCUGAGAAGGCCAUGGACUACAGGAUCCUUUUCAUGGAUGAGGAUCAGGACCGUAUGUAUGUGGGCUGCAAGGACCAUGUACUCUCGAUGGACAUUAAUAACAUCAGCCAGACCACGCUGAAGAUCUUCUGGCCGGCAUCCACCAGUAAGGUCGAGGAGUGUCAGAUGGCUGGCAAAGACCCCACACAUGGAUGUGGAAACUUCUUACGAGUGAUCCAGCCUUAUAACAGGACGCAUCUGUUCAUCUGCGGCAGUGGAGCCUACAGCCCAGUGUGUGCAUAUGUUAACCGUGGCAGGCGUCCUGAGGAGCAAGUGUUUCAAAUCUCCUCCCGAGCAGAAUCAGGGAAAGGGAGGUGCUCCUUCAACCCACAAGUCAACACCGUCUCGGUCAUGCUCAAUCAGGAGCUGUUCUCUGGCAUGUACAUCGACUUCAUGGGGACAGACGCUGCCAUUUUCAGGAGCCUGACCACAAGGAACGCAGUGAGGACGGACCAACAUAACUCCAAAUGGCUGAGCGAGCCAGUGUUCAUUGAUGCCCACUUGAUACCUGACGGCUCAGACCCAAACGACGCCAAACUUUACUUUUUCCUGCGCGAGAGACUGACAGACAGUAGUGGAAACACUAAGAACAUCCACACUAUGGUGGCUCGAGUGUGCCCUAAUGACACUGGUGGUCAACGCAGUCUGGUGAACAAGUGGACCACUUUUCUGAAGGCUCGGAUGGUAUGUUCGGUUCUAGAGGAAGAUGGUACCGAGACCCACUUUGAUGAGCUUGAGAAUGUGUUUUUAUUGGAGACGGACCACCCAAAGGGCCUCCUCAUCUUUGGAGUCUUCACCUCUACAAGUUCUGUGUUCAGAGGUUCUGCUGUCUGUGUUUACAACAUGGCCGACAUCCUGACGGUCUUCAACGGACCGUUUGCGCACAGGGAAGGGCCCAACUUCCAGUGGGUGGCUUUCCAGGGCCGGAUCCCUUACCCACGACCGGGAACUUGUCCUGGUGGCGCAUUCACCCCUCACAUCCAGAGUACUAAAGAGUUUCCAGAUGAUGUGGUGACGUUCGUGAGGAAUCACCCCGUCAUGUUUAACCCCAUUUACCCGGUCGGCAGGAAACCUCUGGUAGUGCGGACGCAUGCCGAUUACAAAUACACCUCUAUAGCUGUGGACCAGGUCACCGCUGCAGACGGACACUAUCAGGUUCUAUUCCUGGGCACAGAUAAAGGCACGGUACAGAAGGUUGUGGUCCUGCCGUCAAACAGCUCUCUGGAUGAGGAUCUAAUCCUGGAGGAGCUGGAAGUGUUUAAGAAGCAGUCUCCUAUCACCAACCUAAGAAUCUCUUCUAAAAAGCAACAGCUGUAUGUUAGCUCUGAGCAUGGAGUGUCCCAGGUGUCCUUGCACCGCUGCAACGCAUACGGCUCUGCCUGUGCAGACUGCUGUUUAGCGCGGGACCCGUACUGCGCCUGGGAUGGCCUCAGCUGUUCUCGAUUCUACCCCACUGGCAAGAGGAGAAGCAGAAGGCAGGAUAUUAUGCAUGGGAAUCCACUGACUCAGUGCAGAGGGUUCAAUCUGAAAGCCUACAGGAAUGCAGUGGAGAUGACUCAGUAUGGAGUCAAAAACAACACCACCUUCCUGGAGUGUCAGCCCAAAUCUCCGCAAGCCUCGGUUAAAUGGCUCAUUCAGAGAGACAACGAUCGCAGGAAAGAGGUGAAGCUGAGCGAUCGUGUGGUGUCCACCAAUCACGGUUUGCUCAUCCGUUCGGUGCAUUCUUCAGACCAGGGCCUGUACUAUUGCCUGGCAACAGAGAAUGGCUUCAAGCGCACUCUGGCUAAGAUCCGUCUCCAGGUGCUGAGCGAGGCUCUGGUCAGCGCCCUGAGCAAUAAACAGCAGUCACCCUGGGGCUGGGCAGCCACACUGCACCCUAAAGCCCUGGUGUCGGCCUUCAGCCAGGCUGAGACGUUGGCCAUGCACCAAUACUGCAAGGAACGCAAACAGAUGCAGAGUCUGCAAAGCAUACAGAGCCCCAUGAGAGGCGAUCUGGGCAAACUCAAACCCCUGCUGGACCACAGGAAGAGCAGGAACCGCCGGAACCACUUACUAGAGGAAUAAAGGUGGAACAUAAUGGAAGGAGAUGGAUGAUGAAAAGGAAUAAAGACUUGCAUCAGGAGUGAACUCGAGUGGAAAAUAAAGGAGGAGAAUGUUGGAGAAGAUUCCUCCGAUAUGAACCUCAACUGUUUUUUGUUUUUUUUCUUCAAGCUCAAAGCAUCUCAGGUGCUUCCUAUACAACAGUCUUAUAUACAUGAGGAACGGCCGGAGCAGAAGACUCUGAGAAAUCCUAAGACAUACAAUUGCACACAGGCACUCAAGCUUAUCUGUGUUUCAUGCUACAUAAUACAAGAUGCCAUAUGUUAUAAAGUAGUGCUGUUGUCAUUUUAUGUGGGUGUAACAUUUCAGAACAAACCAGAAAGUAAUGCAAAGUCCUUUAAGACCCAGCAAAAUAGCUUGACAAGCACAUUUUUUUAUGUGUUGAUGCAUUUUCUUUUGAAACAGGGGUGGAACAUAUAGAAGGGCUCAUCCUUUUUUGUAGCCAACAGUCUUUAGUUUACGUCACAGCCAUGAAUCUUUAUUUGCUCUUUGCUAAUGCUAGCCAAAGGCAGAAGGUAUUAACAAAAGGGACAUGCUCAUUCUUAAGAGCAUUUGAUUGGACAAAAUUCGCAUACGCUCCUGAGUGCAAGAUGAGUCAUCAAUAUUUUUGGUUUGUUUACCGAAAGAGAAAGACUGUAAAUUUUAAAUGUAAAUAUGCAUUAAAGGUUUAUGUUGUCGAAUUUUAAGAGAACACUAGCGUUAGCUUUAGCCUCAAAGCUAACAGACAUGGACUAAAACCCAGAAAAUUUCAGUUUUGGUUUCUAGUACUACAUAACAUUUUUAUCAGAUAUGGAUCAAGAGAGUAUUUUGUUAACUUGUAGAUGUAAACUAGCAUUAGCAUUAGUCUCUAAGCCAACAGAAAUUGACUAAAAGCCACAACAUUUCAAUUUGGAUUUCUAGGUACCUAUGGCUGCUAAAAGUUGUUAACUUUUAGGAGCACAUUAGCAUUAGCUUCUAAGCUAAAAGAAAUGGACUAAAAGCGACAGAAUUUCAUGAGAAUAUGAAAGCAGUAUUAACUUUUAGGUACACACUAACAUUAGCCCCAAAGCUAACAGAAAUGGACUAAAGGUCACAAUUUUCAUGUCGACUUGAAUUUCUUGGUACAUUCUUAGUACUUUAGGAGCACACAAGCAUUCACAUUUUAAGCUAAGACUAAUGUAAUAUACAACAUACAACAUGUUUGGGGCAAGAAAUUUGACUUUUUGGUAGAAAAUUUUCUGUAAUGGAACACAUAUUUCUAUUCUACUAUACCUACAACUCUUCAAUACCUCAAACUGAACUACAAGGCUACAUUAAAUAUGUACAGUAGUCUUCUAACGUUUAUCAAUGGCCUUCUCCACACUGAUAUGAUCAGCUGUCAGGUAAUUUUGUGGAUUAGAGCUCUUCUCAAAUAUGGUAAAAGCUUGUUUCUAGCAAAUUAAUUGUUUAUCGUCACUGAAUGAAUCAUGAGAAUUCUUCUUGAAUGCACAGACCAAAGUACAUCAGCCCAGCUGCACCACAGAUGUUCAUAUGAGAAAAGAAGAUGGUUUGAAGACAUUUCAAACUGUACCAGACAGGUGGCUCUCUGAGCCCAUAAAACUGUAAAGAGUGUUGUGUGUUUGCCCAGUGUUGUGCUUUGAUAAACAUCAUUAAUCCAAAAUACAUAACUUCUUCCUUAUGGAUCGUUCACCGAAAAAAAAAAAAAAGAGUUUCGUCACCAUUUACUCACCCUCAUGACCUUCCAAACACGUAGGACUUGGAAUAUAGUGCAAAACUCGUAAGGACCACUUUUAUGGUACUUUUUGUCCUUUAAGGAGCUGGUCAUGCUUUGGAAAAGAGCAGCGUGAACAUUCUUCAGAAUAUCUCCUUUUGUCUUUCCUGAAAGAAGGAAUGACAUAAGGGUAAAAUAUGUCCAUUUUUUUUUUCUUUAAUUUAUUUAUUUUCUUUAAUUUAGUGUAUGUGCACCUUUUCCUUAUUAAAAUGGUAUGCUGAACCACAAUAAAAUAGUUUAAAGACCCAUUCACACCAGGGACAAUAACUAUAAUGAUAACAAUAAAGAUAUAGUUUUAAAAAAAUUUUCUAAAUGUAAAGGAAUAGCACUACAACUAUAACAAUAAUGGCACAGAGAAACAAUAUUGUUGGAAUCACUUUCAGAAGGAUUUUUUUUAGUUAAUGAAUGAUAAAAACAUUAAAGCAGGAUGGAUUCUGACUGGCUGUCAAAGACCUCGAGUUUAAAGGAUUAGUUCACUUUCAAAUGAAAAUUACCCCAAGCUUUACUCACCCGCCAUUUAAUUCCAUAGUGUUUAAUCAUGUAAGGAUAGGCCCUGUGAGGCAUGUGAUCAUGCAUGUUGUUUCAUUGUUAUACAGGCACAUGUUUGAUGAUGUUGGGAAUGAAUGUCAUGUUAAUAUAUUAUGGUUUGCUUAGUGUGAACAGCAGUAAUGUGACUGUCACUCAUUUUAGAUGACCUAUAGCAUUGUACAGCUUACAAUUUUUGAUUGAUGUCUGUGUAAGUUGUGUUUUUGUUUUUUUGUAUUUUGAAUGUUUGUAAAAAGUUUAAAAGCUCAGCUCUAAAAAAAAAAUAUGAGAAACUUCAAUUUUGCAAUUGAUUUCUGUAUGGCUAUUAGAUGCAUUUCAUUCACAUUUAAAAGGGUUUUUUUUUUCUCUCUGAAAUGCCUGAAUUUAUUUUUUAUGCCAAAAUUCUUUAGAUGUUUUUGACUGAAUCUGCAUUUCGCAGAAGUUUCAAGGUUUUUGUUUUUCUGUGGCAUUGUGUGCCCUCUCUAAAUGACAUUUGGAGUAACAAUAUAAUAACGUUUUAAUAUUAUUACUAUAGAAAAUAUGCUGUAUUCCCUGUGAAUGUUAAUGAUAAUUUUAUUUUAUUAAAUGUCUUGAUUCGUGUAUUCCUAUUUAUUAAUGAUAAAAGAUUGAACAACUGCAUUAAACACCUUCAACAUCA